CGGCCCCGCCUCUCCCGUUGGCGGCCUCCGCGCGUCCUCUGCUCUCUCGCCAGCCCGCCGCCCCCGCUAUCCAUUUGGUGCGGUCCAUGGCGAGCACAUCAUGGCGAUUGAAGGUGGAGAAAGAACCUGUGGAGUACAUGAACUUAUCUGUAUUAGAAAAGUAUCUCCAGAGGCAUUUGGAUUUUUGUCAGCUGUUGGGGUGUUUAUUAUCUUGAUGCUGCUACUUUUUCUCUAUAUUAAUAAGAAGUUCUGUUUUGAAAAUGUUGGCGGGUUUCCAGAUCUUGGUUCGGGAUACAGUACAAGGAAGAAUUCACAAGAUAAAAUUUAUAAUUCCUACAUGGACAAAGAUGAGCAUGGUUCAUCCUCUGAAAGUGAAGAUGAAGCACUGGGUAAAUACCAUGAGGCCUUAUCCAGAACACACAAUUCCAGACUACCACUGGCUGAUUGUAGACAAAAGAACUAUACUUGGGAAACAAGACAAAAAUAUAGUCCUCUAUCUGCAGAGUAUGAUGGAUACAGUAGUGAAGCAUCAAUAGAUGAAGGAAACUGCAUUCAGAGAAUGAGAAGAACACCCCCACUGGAUGAAUUGCAGCCACCACCGUAUCAGGAUGACAGUGGUUCUCCCCAUCUCUCAUGUACACCGUCAGAAAUUGGGGACAGUAAAUGUGAAUUUUCCCACUGCAGCAACAGUCCAAGAUGCUCAUACAACAAGUGCCCAAGUGAAGGAAGCACAGGUCAUGAAAUAGAAAGUUUUCAUACUAAAGGAUAUGAAGAAGAUGUGCCAAGUGACAGCACCGCAGUCCUGAGCCCGGAAGACAUAUCAGCUCAAGGAUCAUCUUCACAGCUUCCUAAACCUUUUGAUCCUGAGCCAGAAGCUAAAUAUGGCACACUGGAUGUGACUUUUGACUAUGACUCACAAGAACAGAAGCUUCUGGUAACAGUGACAGCUGUCACAGAUAUCCCAACAUAUAACAGGACAGGUGGCAACUCAUGGCAAGUACACCUUGUUCUUCUACCUAUAAAGAAACAGAGAGCAAAAACGAGCAUCCAGAGAGGACCAUGCCCUGUCUUCACAGAAACAUUCAAAUUUAAUCAUGUUGAAUCUGAGAUGAUUGGAAAUUAUGCAGUUCGGUUUAGACUGUAUGGUGUACAUCGCAUGAAAAAAGAAAAGAUUGUGGGGGAAAAGAUUUUUUAUUUAACAAAAUUGAAUCUUCAAGGGAAAAUGUCAUUACCUGUGAUAUUGGAACCUUCUUACAAUCAUUCUGGCUGCGACUCCCAAAUGAGCAUGUCAGAAGUAUCCUGUAGUGAAAGUACAUCCUCGUGUCAUUCUCUUGAACACGGCUCAGUUCCAGAAAUUCUCAUUGGCCUGCUUUAUAAUGCCACAACUGGAAGACUAUCAGCAGAAGUCAUAAAAGGCAGCCACUUCAAAAACUUGGCAGCAAACAGACCACCCAAUCUGAGGCUGUCAGAGAUGACUCUGGUUCUGUCCAUGAAUAGAUUCUGCGAGCCCAUUGUCUCGGAAGGAGCUGCUGAAAUUGCAGGGUACCAGACACUAUGGGAGGCUGACAGCUACGGAGGCCCGAGCCCCCCAGCGCCAGCCCAGGUCCCUCUGCAGGGAGACCGGGGAACCGGCCCCCCACUGGCAGGAUCACAUUACAGGGGAAUUUCAAAUCCUAUAACAGCAUCCAAGAUCACAUACUUUAAGAGGAAGUAUGUGGAAGAAGAGGAUUUUCACCCACCACUCAGCAGCUGUAGCCAUAAAACCAUCUCAAUUUUUGAGGAACGAGCCCACAUCCUUUAUAUGUCCUUAGAAAAGCUAAAGUUUAUCGAUGAUCCUGAAGUGUACCUCCGAAGAUCUGUCCUUAUAAACAAUUUGAUGAAAAGGAUCCAUGGAGAAAUUAUCAUGCAGAAUAACUGGUGCUUUCCUGCCUGCUCUUUUAAUGGCACCUCUGCCCAAGAGUGGUUUAUGGCUCAAGACUGUCCUUACCGAAAACGACCGCGGAUGGCCAAAGAGGAGUGUGAAAAGUUUCAUGCCUGCUGCUUUUACCAAGAAUGUGGUGGUCACUACCUAAAUUUACCCCUUUCGGUUAAUGCUAAUGUCGGAAGUGCCUCCACCACUGCCUCCCCUUCCUCUUCCACCUCUUGCUCCUCAUCUUCCUCUUCCUCUCCCCCUCUGCCUUUACCGAGUUGUUCCCACCAGGUGGAUUUUGGUGUAGGCAGCGCACCUAUUUACAAGGGUGAUGGUCAGAUACCUGCCAACGAAAUCUUUGUUACUAAUGUCAGGUCACUUGGUGUUCAGGAAAAGGCCAAAUUAAAUGAUGAGAAAGCCAAUAAUGACACCGGCAGGGAUGGUGGCCCCCUGAGCCAUGAACCUGUGGGAAAUGACCUUGCUUUUGAGUGCAAAGGCCAAUUUUAUGAUUAUUUCGAGACUGGAUAUAAUGAAAAAAACAAUGUAAGUGAGUCUUGGAAAAAGUCCUUACGGAAAAAGGAGCCGUCACCAAAUAACAAACUGUGCUGCAGCAAAAGGAAGUAGAAGUGAGCCGUCUUAUCACCGAACCUUCGAAGCAUGCUCAGCAUGAUCAAUUAGCUCUCAUAAAUUUUAUUUUGAAUGGAUUUUCUAGUUUUGUACAACUGAUACAAUUAUGCCAUGAACAUGCCGUGUCAUUUUAAUGCCUGGAAAGCAGAUUGCAUCAAACAUCUGUAUAGUAGGCAUCAGUGAGCUACUUAUAAAGGUGGUGAUUUUACCAAGAUAACAGUUGACUUAAUACUUAAAAGUCUAUCCUGGUUUUCUUACAGAAAAGAUCAGUGGAUUUGACUGAGGGACAAUGUGCCCUUGUGAUAUUUUCAUUACCCCCAAGGAGCCUGUCACUAGCUGAGAAACUUCAACGUUUGCCAAUUAAUUAGGUGGUUAUUUGGUAAACAAGUCAAUAUAACCAGCAAAGGAUGUCUGCUUCUUCUAUAUGAUACAGUAUUUUUUUCUGAAUACAUGACUGAAGACAGGGAGCUAGGUGAAUAACUUCGUGGUGCUGUUAAGUACUUGUACUUAACGGUCUGUGUGACAGAUGAAAAUAGGAUGUACCGGAAAUGAAACACACCCGUCUAGGGGCGAGGAUAGCACUAUGUGUAGAGGGUACUCUGCAAGUUUCCUCUUGCCUGCUUUUAGACAAGUGUUAUACAGGGCGAUUUUUGGUGCCUUACUUUAUCUUAAUUUUUGCCAAUGUGAAAAUUAAGGAUAAAUCAGAGUUACAGCAGGGAUUUAACAAACAGGAAAAAACAAAAACAAAAAAAACAGGGUGGAUCAAUAUUGUUUGGAAACCGUUAACCUUCGAACUAUUGCGUUAAACUUUUGAUUCGACAUCUCUAUUCUUCCUUUAUUUUUGAUGCCCAAUUGCUUUUGAAUUUGGCAUUUUUAGAAAGGGAUGGAGGAAACAAAAGAGAGCUGUUGGAAAUCAGCACUAGCUGCUUGAGCUUUUCUAUGGCAACGGUUUGUUGCUGGGGUUUGGGUUUUUUGGGUUUUGGGUCAUUUUGUUUGGUUUGGUUUUCUUGUCCAAUGAAGUUCAUGAACCAGUGGCAUGCAUUAUAUUUUAAUCUGUUUUGCAUCAUUUCACUUGUUUAGAUUAUAAAAGCAUGUGGUUUUUUUUAUAUAUGACUUUUGCUGUUGAUUAAGAAGCACAAUGUUAAUAAAUGAUGUGGUGAUCAAUAAGGUUUUUUUAUCUUAAAGAAUGUAAAGAUUUUAGGUUUUGGAAAGUUAUUUUGGAGAAAUGGGACUCAGUCGGCAAUAGCUAGUAUAUAUUUAGUCAGCAUUUUCCUCAAUAAUUUCUUUAAUUUGUACAUUUGCAAGAGGGUUCAGAGUGCCCCUCUCUGACCAUUCUUCCUUCCACUCUAGCCAAUUCCUCCUGCUAAGCUGUGUUCCAAUUCCCAACGUUACUUACUGAUUGACUUGGGCUUCCUUAGACAAUACUUCACAGGAACCAAACGCCAAACGGAGGAAAUAAGUAAGUCCUCCCAGUUUCUCCAAGAUAAAGCUUUUUUUUUAUUGCUAUUAAUAUUAAAUAUAGGUCUCAUUCAUACAGUGUAUGAGUAGGAUCAUAAUUUGGACAAUGUCCUCAAGGACCAAUUUUUAAAACAUGUUCUUGUGUUAUGGCUAAAUAGUCUAGUAAGGUUUUUGUCCUUUAUUUUCAAUAUUUGAUAAACAUUUGAUGUUGAAAACUUAGAUGAUAGAUGCUUGUAUAUGAAUGUGUUGUUGUAAUAAAGUGAGGUUUUCUUGAUA